AGUUCUUCAGUUGAUAGCGGCAAGCGGACGCGUUUAGAAGUGCCGCGAAGACAGACAAUUCGAAAACUUGCGGAUGAAAUUUAAAAAUUUAAAUUCAAAAGAAGCGCCGAGAAUAAGAACGAUUUUAAGUUUGUGUGGUGAAUAAAAAAAUAUUUAAAGGAAAAAAUUGAAAAAAAGGUUCUAAAAAGCGAAAUAAAAAUUUUUAAAUGCUGAAAGAUAAUACAAUAUAAAUAAGAGUGUAAAAAAAAUUUCGAAUUCAAUCCAAGUUUGUGCAAUUUAUUGGAAAGAGUCCAAAUUACCAAUAAGCCUAGGCAGCUGGCGGAAUUGUGUUUAAUUGACCUCAAAAGUGAAUUGUCUCACCGACGUUACUGUGACUUAAAGUGUUACAGUGAAAAAAAAAAUCCUCCGCAAAAUGUGUUGCGUUGCCUGAGCUUGGAUUUCGCACAUUCGCCUCUCUGAGCAAACACAUCUGAAACGUUUUAAUGAUGUCCCUUGCAAUUAUUUCUGUGAUUAAACAUAGCACUCGCUUCGUUUAUGUGGCACUGGCAAUUGUUUGCUUGCUGCCCACACCCGCCACAACAUUCCUACCACUUACGCUGCCCACCAGCACAACAACAACAGCAGCAGUGACAGUGAGCACUGGCUUGGCGGCGGCGGCGGUCAAUGAGUUAGCCGACGCAAUUAUAGCGCCCGAUGUAAUGGACCAAUGUCCAAUGGGUUACUUCCAUUGCAAUAUUUCGGAGCAAUGCGUGCCGCAGCGGCUGAACUGUGACGACAAGGCGGACUGUGAUGAUGCCUCGGAUGAGUGGAACUGCGUCAAUGAUGUGGACGCGAAAUUUUGGGAUCAUUUCUUUCGUAAGCAGCCAUAUGGGCGGCACGACGACGUGCCGGUGGAGACGUGCUAUUGGCUCAACAGCACCAAUUUCAGCUGCCUUUGUCGCGGUGAUGAAAUUUUAUGUCGCUUCCAGCAGCUAACGGCAAUGCCCGCCAAUCUGCCCGCCACGGAGCUGGCAAUGCUUGAUUUAACCGGAAAUAAUUUCCCAAACAUUGACGAACACUUUUUUGCACAGCUGCCAGUGGUUGAGAGCCUUGUUCUAAAAUUUUGUUCAAUCGAGCAGCUCGCGCCAUACGCAUUCCGAAGACUCUCUGAGAUACCAUUGAAAACGCUCUAUUUGGAUGAGAAUAAAAUCACCAGCCUAACGGAAAAUUUAUUUUCGGCGGAAAAUUCCCUAAAAACGCUCAUCCUUUCGGGAAACCGCAUAAAAGAACUACAUAACUACGAUUUUCAACAUUUGGAGUGUUUGACUGAAUUAGACCUGCGCGGCAAUCGUAUUGAAACCUUUGAAGCGGAUGUAUUUGGCAUGCUGCAGAGUCUGGAAGUGCUUUACCUCAAUGAGAAUCACAUCCAUCAGAUCCGUCCGGGCAUGUUCCCUGUGCUCACAAAGCUGCACACUUUAUCGCUGGCGCACAAUCGCAUCGCCGACAUCGAACGGAACUCGUUUACAUUCCCGCGGUUAUUGCAUUUAUUUUUAGCCGGUAAUCGACUGUCAGUGCUGCGAGCACGCACAUUUUGCCCACUUCGGCUGCUGCAAGGACUGCACCUGAACGACAACCGCUUGGCGCAGUUUGAGUUGCACGCCUUCGAUUGUAUGCAGAAUCUCACAUCGCUGCUACUGACGGGCAAUGAAUUCAAGACAUUGGAUCCGCGUGUCUUGCAGAAUCUAACCAAUUUGAAUUAUAUCUACUUCUCGUGGUUCCAUUUGUGUCGUGCCGCGAUGCAUGUGCGCGUCUGCGAGCCGCGUGGCGACGGCAUUAGCAGCACUUAUCACUUGUUGGAUAAUCAAAUAUUGCGCGGCAGUGUGUGGGUAAUGGCCUUUGUCGCCACCGUCGGCAAUCUGCUCGUGCUGCUCGGCCGCUACUUUUACAAAUCGCGCAGCAAUGUGGAGCAUUCAUUGUAUCUGCGUCACUUGGCCGCCAGCGACUUCCUCAUGGGCAUCUACUUAACGAUAAUUGCUUGUGCGGAUAUUAAAUUUCGCGGCAAAUACAUUUACUACGAUGAGUUAUGGCGACAAAGUGUUUGGUGUGAUUUCUCGGGCUUCCUCAGCACAUUCAGCUGUCAAUCAUCGACUUUGCUGCUAACAUUGGUUACAUGGGAUCGCCUGAUGUCCGUGACACGUCCUCUAAAGCCGCGCGAUAGCGGUAAAACGCGUAUCGUUUUUCGCCUUGGUCUACUGUGGGGUAUGUCCUUCGUGCUUGCCGCUUUGCCUUUUCUGCCGCUAAAAUAUUUCGGUGGUCAUUUCUAUGGCACUAACGGUGUUUGUCUAUCACUGCACAUACACGAUCCAUUUGCAAAGGGCUGGGAGUACUCCGCGCUGCUGUUCAUACUCAUCAACACCGUCUCGCUGAUUUUCAUAUCGAACUCGUACAUUCGCAUGCUGCAGGCGAUACGCGACUCGGGCGGCGGCAUGCGGAGCACGCUGAGUGGACGUGAGAAUGUCGUGGCUACGCGUUUUGCGAUAAUCGUUACAACUGACUGCGCCUGCUGGCUGCCGAUAAUUGUCGUCAAGGUGGCAGCGCUCUCGGGCUGCGCCAUCUCACCCUCGCUCUACGCCUGGCUCGCCGUGCUCGUGCUGCCGGUGAACUCCGCCUUGAAUCCGGUGCUCUACACGCUCACCACCGCGGCGUUCAAGCAGCAGCUGCUGCGCUAUUGCCAAGCGGUGCCCACCUCCUGCUCACUGAUGACCGAUCCGCGCUCACAGACGCAAACCGCCUUCGACUCGAACCUCAGCAUGAGUUUGGGCCACUUCAGCAGCAUACGCACGAAUCACAGCCACAAUUACAGCCGCUCUUCGAGCAAAAAGCGCUCACAGAAUAGACGCCUCAGCUAUGUGUGAUGCCAGCGCUGCAGCGAGCCGGGUGACAAGCUGGAUGCAGAGCGUUGGAGGCAGAACCACACGCAUGCAACGAACUGUUGAGCCGAUAGAGACUCUGGAAUGAGACUGUCUUUUUAGUUUUAUUUUAGUUUUAGUAGCGAGAUUCCUUCAUUUCUAUGUUUACAAAAAAAUAUUAACGAGUUAGUUUUUAAGGCGCAAGUUGGCAAUAAGCCUCAAGUUCGAAAGAAGUAUAAUUUUAUACAAAAUAGAAAAGAUAUUAAUUUAAAAUUUUUGUGAAGCCAAAAUUGGUGUUUAGUAAUGUAAAAAAUUGCAUUAAAAUUAAACUUUAGAGUUUCCGAAUUUUGUAUUUAGAUAUUUACAUUUUAAAUUGCGAAAAGAGAGCGGCAAGCAGGACCUCUCCACAUUUUUAUUAAAAAAUUAAAAACUUUUAUAGUAACUUGUUGCGCUAAGCCAACGUAUGUUGUGAUUUUUCAAGUAUUAUCCAUACAUAUAACAAAAAAUAAUAAUAAAAAAAAAAUAGAAAAAAAAUAAAAAUUAUGUAAAUAUGUACUUUUAUAGACAUAAGAUAUUAUUGAGAAAUACUUUUAACUUUUACUGUAUGAACAAUAAUUUAUGUGUCAAAAAACUGCUUGAAACUGUUUGUAUAUUUGGCAACUUUAUGGAAAAAACAAAUUUAAAUUUAUAUAAGCAGCGUGUUAUAAGCGAUUUUUAAUAUAAACGCCUAGCGAAAUUUGUUAGUUUUAAGUGAAAAUUGUUGUAAAAUGCUUUUAAAUAAAUAAAUAUUGUUUUAAAAU